AUGCAUGAAGAGUCCCCGUCGUUGGGAUUGUUGGGCUACUUGCCAAGGCCGGACCCUGUUGAGCCCGGGUCGGCAAAUGUCGCCGCAUCCGAUGCGAGGGUGACCUCGCCGACAUUUCGGACAAAACUCGCGCAGGCAGCAGAGUCUACACCGUUUGAUCCAUCCGGAAGUUGCAUGUCCGAAGGCCAUGCCGGUCUUCCUGCGUGGAUCGAUCAAGUGCUGGACUGCAGACUGGAGCACGCGGCUUUGGUGGCUCGACAGCGUCGAUUACAAGAUGCCGAGCUGGAGGCCACAAGGGAGGAGACUCAGGUGCAGCUGAGGUUGACGGCUUUCCGAGAAGAGGUGCUGCAGGAAAAGAAGCGGCAGGCAUUUCUCCAGGCAGCUUUGGAACGUGCACAGGCCGGCGGCCAAGCCAUGCGCAUCGCAUCCACGAUGACCUCCCAACGCCAGGAAGUUGUAGUUGGAGCCCAAAACCAGCUUCUGGCCGGGAAAGCUUUACUGUCUUCUCUUCUUCGGGAGUACCAGGGGCGACAGAUGCAGGAAGCGAAGGUUUCACAUCCUGCUGAUAGCAACCAAUCAGGUCCUGACGACGACCUCAGGGCUUUGCAAGCAGAGCUUCGAGAGAUUCAGUUGGAGAUGGCGGCGGAGCAGGCAUGCACGAGCAACGCGGAUCAACCAGCAGACGGAGGUCUUGGAAACCGAGAAACGGUCGGCCGAUGCAAUGUCCGAGUGGAGACCCGAGACUUCGCCGGUUAA